GAGACAAUCCGUAACUUGAAACGGGAAAAGGCAGAACUCUCGGCUGCACGCUUUCCUUCUAAGAAACGUCGCACCAUCGCUCACACCGGUUCUCCUCUUACUCUCUCACCCAUCCGUGUUCCACCAAAGCCAGCUAAACCCAUCACUUCCGCUUCUACUCCCUCCGGUCUCUUCCAUCGCAGCAGUGGGGGUGGCGUCGUCGCCAAGGAGGCUGGCGAUAGCACCGCCUCCCCUACCCCACCUCACAGCCCCGACACCAGCGGUGGUGGUGGGGAUACAUUGCCACCAACAACUGGUAUUCCUCCUAUGCUUUUGACUACCACUGCCGGUAGAGAGAAGGCAGAAACCGGUUAUGAUUCUUCUGCACCCUCUUCGGCGCACUCAUCAGCUCCCCCCUCGCCUGGUCUGCUUCCACCAAACGGCUCAAGUAAAGCAGUGAUGGGAGAAGCUGCAGAAGUGAGGAGUACUAGUCGGAGAGAGUUGCUAGGGAGCUGUAGCAGUAGUGGUAGUAGCGAUGACGAAGUAACAGCGGUGGCGGAGGAUUAA